CAACUGCGUUGGACUAGCCAUGGGAGUGUUGAGAGGUCCUGGGUUCGAGCACCAUCAGCAGCAUUCACCUCAACACCAGCCUCUAAGUGAAGAGGCCAGUCAUUCUACAGUAGCUAACCCAGACGAGCUGCUGAAGAACUUCGGAUACCAGGUUCUCGGCGGAGUUCUGCUGACGGCAAUGGCGUUAGUUCUGUUCGCGACGGUCAGCUACCACUGCGCCGCUACGUGGCGCUGGCUCCGGGGUCUGGCCAGAGACCCCGAUGGACAUGCAGAUGACGCCCUGGCCAAACAAUCUGCCAUAAGAAUCAGUCAUUCUUUGCCCGACCUCAAGACGGACCCCACCCGCCAGGAAUACGUACAAGAUCCCAAGGAUGCAAAGAAGCACGUUUUACGCCAGACAACACUACCAUCCGUCCCUACGCGUCAUCAGACCUUCCAGCGUCAACUGUCCCAUCGCUUGGACCUCCCUAACAUUCAGUUCAGCGUAUGCAGCCUGGAACAUAGAGCCGACUCCAGCAUUGGUCUCAUCAAGCCGGAGCUGUACAAAAAAGAGAUGCUAGCACGUCAGACGAGCUCUGAUAGCUCUGUAACUGGGGAGAUGGAGUACUGUGGCAAGUUGCACUUCGCGCUCCGCUACGACUCGGAGAUAGAAGGGCUCGUCGUCAAGGUACUACAGGCGCAGGACCUUCCAAUCAAGGAUGUCAGUGGAAGCAGCGACCCAUACGUCAAAGUUUAUCUGUUGCCGGACAGAAAGAAGAAAUUCCAAACCAAGGUCCAUCGCAAAAAUCUUAACCCCGUUUUUAAUGAAACCUUUAUCUUCAGUGUCGGAUACGAGGACCUGAAGCAACGAUAUCUACAGUUUUCGGUGUAUGACUUCGAUCGGUUCUCAAGGCACGAUCUGAUCGGCCAAGUUGUUCUAAAAGGUCUCCUUGACAGCACAGACUUGCAUCAGGAGCUGGAGUUUACCAUGAACGUGCUAUGCGCACCACAAGAGAAGGUGGACUUGGGAGAGCUGAUGUUGUCCCUCUGCUAUCUGCCCACUGCUGGCCGCCUCACCAUGACCAUCAUCAAGGGUCGCAACUUCAAGGCAAUGGACAUCACAGGUUCAUCCGAUCCGUACGUGAAGGUGUAUUUGUUAUGUGAAGGGAAGAGGAUAAAAAAGAAGAAGACAACUGUUAAGAAAGCCACGCUCUGUCCGGUGUACAACGAGGCACUAGUUUUUGAUGUCCCAGCGGAAAACAUCGAGGAUGUCAGCCUGGUCGUCAAAGUGAUCGACUACGACAGGAUCGGCCCUAACGAGCUGAUGGGCUGCACAGCUAUAGGUUCUAGUUUCAUUGGAAUUGGGCGAGACCACUGGCUGGAGAUGCUGGACAACCCCCGCAAGCCAGUUGCCCAGUGGUACCCUCUCUUAGAAACAGUUCCAGGGCAGAUUCCACUCACGAGCUCCCAGCCAUUGCCUGUCAGUCUGAGUUGUCUCAACGGAAGGUGAAGGAAAUCCUAGUCAACUCUGCUAUAUAACUAUACUUCCACUUUACUUGGAAGUUCUAUACAAGGAGCUGCUCAAAGAUGUGACGGAACGUCUAACACUUCAAACAGAAUCUUUCCUAAGACAUCCUGUCAUCCUUUCAUCACAACUUUCCCGAUCAAGGGAAACGUUUGUAAAAUACUGCAUCCGUUUCCCUAUAUUGUCUACAUCCUUCUGAUUUUCCUGUGGGAAAUACUCUCCUCUCUUUGUUCUGAGUCUGGGCUCAGCUUCUAAACCAGAACUACGCAUCUGUAUCUUUUCACAUUCAAAAUAUGCAUGCAGGCUGACAACAACUCCUCUCUGUCAUACGUAGGCUAAAUAAAUAUAUUAGUUACAUCACAAGCUUAAAUAAAAUUAAGUUCUGUAAACAGUACCAUAUGGACUAUAUAAUUAAAAAAAUGAACAUUUUAUAUUUACGUAGUAGCUCGAGUUAGAAGAGGCCCAACAAACAUGAGUGAUUAUGAAAUACAAUCGUCGCCAUAUUUUAUUUUUGGCUCGGCAUAUUUUUAUUAUUUAUAACCAUUAAAUAAUUAUAAUUAUUGUGUAUUAAUGAAGCGCAUAUAUAACAGCAGGUUCAUGAUGGUGUGUAUAGAAAUGAAUACAUUAUAUGUAGCCCUAUAUCUGCUUUAGUAAACGUUAGAGUAAUAAAAUAUACCACUAAGUGGUAUACUGAAUGCUAGAGCAAUUUCACAGCUCUGAGUUGAACAGAAUAUACUGACAAUCUUUCCGACUGUCGUGGGGACCUAAUGGUAUUUCGCCCUUUCUUAUCAAAAGAAAUGUUAUAAAAUAGUAAAUAUUAAAUAAGUGCAUGUAAAGAAAUAUUCGUUAUGUUCAUUAUACCUUAAUAGGCUAUUUCGCCAACCAAAUCAAUCCAUUCUGCUCUACAAAUGCUGAUUACUUUAACAAUUUCCCUUUAUUGAUGUUAAAAAACAUAAAACUUUAAGACAAUGCUCAAAAUGGUAAUUUUUAAAAUAAAUUUAGCCUCAACUUUGUCUAACGAAAGUAAAUAUUCUCUUUUCGAAUGUUAUGAACUUAAUACAUUUUUAAUUCGGCGUAUUUAUAUCAUGUCUACCCGGUGAAUCUAUGUUUAUUCGUUGUGUACCAAACCUUUUAGCAAUAAGAAUCCUCAAUUACAAAAUAUGUACGCCUAAUAAUUUCAAAACACGUGUACAGAUUCUAACCUUUGCAAUUAAGUUCGGGUGUCCACCAACAGACAGAGAAAACAGCUGUAUCUGUGUACACAGUUGUCUGUAUCAUCCUUCCCUAUCACUUAAACUAAAAGACACAAGAUGUCUCUUCAUCUGUGUUCGUUUAUCCUGUGUCUACCGAGUUAAAAUUAUUUGUUGCUUUAAAAUUUUGAACACAGAAAAACAGCAUUCUGAUGGCGUAGCUAGAUGCUACUGGGACGCGGUAACACUGAUACUCGUCAUAAAAGUCAAAGGAUCGGCCGGUAAUUAACGCUGUAAAUAUUCGGCACUUUUCAUGUCGGAAGGGAACGUACCUCGUACAGGCACCCUCAUAAAACACAAAAAGGCCUAUGAAAAAAAAAAUUAAAUCUGUUAGUAAAAUUUUUGGUGAUAACUGAUAUUUGACACAGCCAAUGGAAUUAAAAUUGUUAGAAUAAAACAUUAAUAUUUACGUUUUGUCAAAUACCUUAAAAUUAUAGUGACCUUUAAAGUUUCCGUUGUAGCGAAGGACAGAAAUGUAAUUUCACAUCAUGGCAAUUGUAAGUAGCAUUUCCGAAAAUGAUAAACCACCUACAACAAGUCAGGGGUUAUUUAUGCUCUGCAGGCGGAGCACUGGGCCUCUUUUGACACCUGUAAUCACUGAACGAAUGGGAAUUUUCCCUCACUACAUCAAUUACCUGCUCUGACCUUUGAUGAGUAACCGCAUGCAUGUAUGUACGUGCAUGUCGGCGAAAAGAUUAAGGUUAUAAUCAUCAGUGAUUUUUAAGUGCGGAGAAUCUCCACAGGGUGCAGGCAAAAUUUAGUAAAGAGCAAACACUAAGUUGUAUUAUUCCACUAUUUUUCUAGAGAAAUCAGUGAGAAUUCGCAGAAUAUCCAAUCAGGAGAGAUGACGCUGUCUGAGAUUUACACCAGUUCUCUAAACUCAAAAAUGGGUUACUAGUGCUCCACAUUUUAACCAAGUACUCAAAAAAGGGGGGGGG